ACUGAUGCCUUUUUAGGGAGGGAGUUCUGCCAUCCUUACCUGGUCUGGCCUACACGUGACUCCAGACCCACCGUGAUGUUGACUUCUAGAGUGGCCUAACAAACACGUCAGUUCAAGGAGUUUAAAUCAAGCUCAGAGUUACUACUGACACACACGGCGAGCCAUGAUGUCGAUGACGGUUGAUCCCGAUUUGAAAACGCGGGAGGAGAAGGACGCAGAGCUGGACCGGAGAAUUGAAGCUCUGCGAAAGAAGAACAAGGCGCUAAUGAAGAGACAUCAGGAAAUUGAAGAAGAUCGGAAAAAGGCGGAAGAGGAUGGUGUCUCUGUGACCAAUCGGAAACCCAAACAUGAGGCAGAACACGAGCGCAAGUGGGGGGCAAAGGAGACUACGAUGGGUGUCAGUGACCUGAGUAAAUCACCAGUCGAGAAGCGAUCCAUGAACAAUAAAAAGACGGUGACCUCUCCCCGGAGAUCUGUGGACCCUCCCGGGAGACGGUCUGGGACGUCCGGUCCCAGGCAGGAGGCUACAGACCGGGACAGGAAUCAGCAAUCCCCGGGGAACAGGGCCGACAGGAUGACGUGGGGAGAUCACCCAAACAGGAGCCCCCGAAAGAUCAGCGGACACGAGAGCCCGAGCGGAGGGAGACCGGGUCGGGGAGAGCUGGGGGGACGUGCCAGAAGAGGCCGUGCGGGGGGAGGUGGUCCUGACGGAGCAGGGCGUGGAUUAGGCAGUGCCUCACAGCAGGAGAGGCGAGUCAAGGAAUGGGAGGAAAAGCGAAGACAGAACAUUGAGAAAAUGAAUGAAGAAAUGGAGAAGAUCGCUGAAUACGAAAGGAGCCAGAUGGGCAGAUGGUCAGGCUCCAAGGGUUCUGUCGACAUGACAAUGUCAAUGACUGGUCGAGAGAGGGCGGAGUACGUGCGCUGGAAGAAGGAGCGAGAGCAGAUCGACCAGGAGAGGCUUGAGCGACAUCGCAAUGCAAUGGGACAGUGGAGACGAGAGUGGGACGCUGAGAAGACUGAAUCCAUGUUCAAAGAUAACCCAGUUCCCACUGUGAGUGCUGAAGGUCGCAGUAUGCGAGACGACCGACGCCCUCCAAAGCCGCCAACAAUUUCAGACUACAUUCCUGCAGCCAGAAGUAAGGAUCCCAAGAGAGGGAAAGAGAAACGGGAAAAUAAAAAUUACAGCAUGCACGACAAUCGAUGGGAAACGUGUGAAGCCGAAUGUGAGCAGAAGCAAAUAAUUGAACAGGAAAAGGAAGAGGAGCUUAAAGAGAAACCUGCUCAAGUUCAGAGCGAGGGGAAGGUGGAUGUGGGUGAGCCUCCUGCAGAUGAGGUGGAUGAUGAAGAUGAAUGGGAAGAUGCUAGUGAUGAUGAGGAGGAAAUAGUUGGAGAAGAUUUGUCGGAUAAUGAGGACGAACUGAAGGAGACAAAGGAGCUUGAGGAGAACGAGAAGAAAGACGUUGCAGGAAUAACGGAGGAAGUGGCGAAGGGAGCUGAGGUGGUGCAGACCCCCAGCAGAAGCCCGGAGGUCAGUGCCAAAGAGCAACAAGCUAGGAAGUCAAGAGAAACGCCCAAACUUCACACUCCUCCAAACGAUGUGACUGUGCAGCCUAAGGAAUCCGAAUGCAAGCCACUGAGUCCAUUCUCACUUGAUGAGUACCACCCAGUGAAAGACUGGGCGGAGGAAAUGGAAACAACAUCACCAAGAACCAGUUUGGAGCAGAAUCCCUUGCAAGCAGUUAAUGCCACAAAGGAGGAGCAGAAAGUGGAGGUCAGGUCUGGGGAUAUCCCUGUCGCCGCUGAGUUGGAUUUAGAGGCAGGCAAGGAGCAGGAGGCAGUGACGGACCAGAUAUCUCUGCAGAACGUCAGUGGAAGCAAUAAUCCUGCUGAUGAAAUCCUGAAAGAGCAAGAGGAACUGGAGAUUGAAAAGACCAGAGACACUGCCACCAUUGUGGUUACAGCAGAAAAGGAGCUUAAACAGCCGCUCAUUAAUCAGCGAACAGGGGAUGUUUUGGAAUCGGCCACAAGGACAACACAGAGGACAGAUUGUGUGGAAGGAAAUGAGCCCAGCUCAGGUUGAGCAAGACCACUGGAAUGGAGACCUUCAUCUCAGCUGGAAAAUUGCAUCUAUCUGCAUGUGGGAAGAUAAUUAAUGUACCAAAAAACUGCCGUUUAAUGAGUUCAGAACUAGUCAGAGCAGAGGCUCUGGAAAUCUGAUUGGUGUAGGAACUUACUGGCCCUCAGGUUGAAGGGUCAGAUUAAAAUUCUUGAAAUGUCAGCAGGAAUGACUACAAUUUUUACACCAAAAGAUUUUGAGAACUGUAUAUGUAUAUAUUCAAGUAGUUGCAAAUGAAAUGGCAGCUUCCUCAACCAUAAAAUUGAACAACUUGGGUUUAAAGGAUCCUGCCUUUUGCUGUGGGAGCGGAGACAAUAGGUUGAAUGUUAUUUUUGCAACACUAAAUAAUGCAUUAUAUCUCAAUAAUUAUAAUAAACGUUCUGGAUCAAAUUGCAUUUCAUUGAA